AAGGACCUUGCCACCCUUGAACUGGGUAAGUCCUUCUUCCGUACCGACACAGUUGCGGAUGUACUGAAGCGGCGAGCGCCGCUCUCGCUGGAACUCGCCAUUGGAGCUACUCUAUUAUCGUGGCUCAUCGGAUUCCCGGUCGGACUCAUUGGUGCGUUGAAACGGAACAGCAUCGCAGACUAUGUAACACGUGUCGGAACGAUCCUUUUCCUGGCGAUACCGGGUUUCUGGCUCGGUCUGCUACUUGUGAUAUUCAUGGCCGUGCAAUUCGGGUACGCUUCGCCAAUUGCCACAUCGCAACUCUGGGAGGACCCGAAGGCAAACCUGCAAAUCGUGUGGGCACCCAUGCUAAUGAUGGGCAUCGGCGGAGCAACAUACAUCGCGCGCAUGACUCGCUCUUCCCUGCUUGAGGUCAUCGGUCAAGACUACAUCAGGACGGCUAGGGCAAAGGGGCUUGUGGAGCGGGUUACGAUGAUGCGCCACGCCGUCAAGAACGCCAUACUGCCGGUGCUUACCAUAUCCGGUAUUAUAUUGGGCUUCCUGCUCGGCGGUUCGGUGGCAAUGGAGAAGGUCUUCAAUGUCAGAGGACUCGGCGAAAUCCUGAUACGCGCGAUAGCCGAGCGGGACGUGGUGAUGAUUCAGAACCUCGUCCUACUAUACGGAAUAAUCUUCACUAUGACGAACUUCGUCGUAGAUAUAAUGUACGGUUGGCUGGAUCCGCGCAUACGCUACUCCUAG